GGUAUUGGGACACCCCUCCAAAUCAUUGGAUUCAGGGAUUCCAAUCACCUCCAUGGCCACAGGUAUAAAAUCAAGCACCUAGACAGGCAGGCUGCUUCUAAAAACAUUUGUGAAAGAAUGGGUCGCUCUCAAGAGCUCAGUGACUCCAAGCGUGGUCCCGUGAUAGGUGGCCACCUGUGCAAUAAGUCCAUCUGUGACAUUUCCUGGCUACUAAAAUAUUCCACGCUCAACUGUUAGUGGGAUUAUAACAAAGUGGAAGCAACUGGGAACAACAGCAAUUGUAAAGCAUGCUGCCACUGGACUCUAGAGCAGUGGAUACAUGUUCUCUAAAUUGACAAAUCAUGCUUCUCUGUCUAGAAAUCCGAUGGAUGUGUUUGGGUUUGGCGGUUGCUAGGAGAACGGUACUUGCCAGACUGCAUUGUGCCAAGUGUAA